ACGGUCAAUGUGAAAUUUGCCGAGAGUAAUUGAGUGAGCGUGUUCAGCCAGUUGGUUUUUAAAUAAAAUCCAGUUGGAGUCGCAGUAGACACAUAUUUGCGUUCUGUGAAGUGAACGUCUGCUAUAAGAAAUUAAAGUGAAUUUAUGUUCUCCGGUACCUAGACAAUGUUUUGCAAGAAUUGUUGUAAAAUCCAAACCUACGUCGCGCAGCAGUGUCGUCAGUAAGUGUGUGUGUGUGUGUGCAUUUGUGAAUCGCCGGUUUCAGUCUCAGAUUCAAACACUGAUUAUUAUGGAAUACUAUGAACAAACAUUGUGACCACCGAACAUGCUCUGAACGUACUAUCUUGUUUAAAGUAAUACAAGUGAUGGUUAUGACUAUUUCAUCAAACUAUUGACAGGGAGUAGAAUAAUUAUCAUGAUUUUUAUUGGGUGUUUGUAAAAAACAUUGAAUUCAUAAUGACAUCAUUGACUGGAGCCACUGUUAACACCAUACACACUGGCUUGUCCAGUCAUCUGGCAACAGGCAGUCAGUCAUCAAGUUUCAGUAUGGCUGUUGCGGUGCCACCAGCUCCACAUAGCCAUGGCUACAGUUUCCAUGCAGGUAGCUGUAGUGAUUCAUCAUCAGAAACUCAUUCUCCUGAAAUGCACACAGCCAAAGCUAGUGACCGUGAAUCUCGGAUCAUUGCAGAAAAGCAAAGGAGAAGUCAAUACAAUGCUCACAUUACACAAUUGACUGCAUUGCUGUCUGACAUAGUGCACGCUCCCCGAAAAGUAGACAAGACAAGUGUCUUGAGACUUGCAGCAAAUAAGUUGAGAGUUCACCACAUCUUAGGUAAAACCAUGUCCUGUUGUCAUCUUGAAACCUGGUCUCCUUCGUUCAUGAAGUACUUUGACCUGUUCGAUUGUAUCAUGUUCUCAGUAACAUGUAGGGGAAGAAUAUUCCUUUUAUCACCUAAUGUUCAAGAAAAGUUAGGUUAUUGUCACAUAGAUUUGUUAGGACAAGAUUUUUACAACUAUGUUCACAUUGAUGAUCAGGAUAUUUUGAGGCAACAUAUUUAUCCACCUGAGUUAAGAAGUGGUUGUGACCAAACUCUUUUCAAACAUCAACACAAUUUUCGCAUCCGUAUUAUGAGAGCAGGAGCAAAAUCUGACCCACCACGGUAUGAACAUUGCAGAAUAGAUGGAGUUUUGAGACGCUCUGAUCAUGCAACUUCCAAUGGAGUGCAAGAUCAGCAGAUUAUAAGAAGACAGCGUGUCAGAAGGGUACGCACAUUUUCGUCUAGUGGAAAUGACUUUGUAUUCAUUGGUAUGAUAAGAGUUUUGUCAAAUGAAUUACCUGCACAGAUAUUACCACCUACUGCAUAUUCUGAAUAUUGGACAAGACAUUUGGUGGAUGGUCGAAUUGUUCAAUGUGAUCAAAGCAUUUCUUUGGCUUUAGGAUAUAUGACAGAAGAAGUAACAGGAACUUCAGCAUUUGUAUUCAUGCACAAAGAUGAUGUAAGGUGGGUGAUCUGUGUACUUAGACAAAUGUAUGAUCAAAGCAGAGAGUUUGGGGAAUCAUAUUAUAGACUAAUGUCACGUUCAGGUAGCUUUAUCUAUAUGAGAACUCGUGGCUUCCUCGAGAUUGACAAAGAUACAAAGAAGGUACAGAGUUUUGUAUGUGUGAAUAGUGUUGUUGGUGUAGAUUAUGGGCGACGCAUGAUGGAUGAGAUGAAGCGCAAAUAUUCAGUAAUAGUAGAUAUGAAUAAGCAGGAUAAUGAUGAUAAUGACAAAGUUGAUGAAACCCCAGUUGAGCAUCCUAAAAGGCUGGAGCAUAUUGUAAUGCAUCUUGUGGAGCCAUCUGGGGUAGCAUCAGGAAAUCCAGAUGAAUUACAGCUUGUUCCUCCAUCAAGAGAAAAUAUAAUUUCUGCAAUCAAAAAUAGCGAAAAAGUGGUGCAAGAAACUGGUGUCCGAUUUGAUUCAUGUAAAAGGAAAAAAUCUGAUAGUGUUGAAGACGUUGAACACUUAAAAAGGCAUAAUGGAUUACAGGAUUUCAGUUUCUGAUCUGUUUAAAUGCCUCGCCCAGUGAAAAUAUGGCAGCUUAUAUGGGUGGUCAAAAGGAUGCGCUGGACGCAGUUAAGUUAGAUCCAGCUGUUUUGGAGGCACAGAUCACCAUCGAUACCAAACUUAGUAAUGGAGAAGCUGACCAAAAACAGCAACCAAAAUCUUCGUCUCAGGAUAAAUUGUUUGAUGAUCACCCUGCGGUAGAUUUCAAGUCAAUGGUGUUGCAGCAAGAGGCCGCUCUGCUGUCCCUGACUCCUCAACAGUUGGCGUUACUCAUGCAUUUUACGGACACCUUGCGACGCCAACGAAAUUCUGUCCAGAAACGACUAGAGUGUUCGUUUUGCAAGAACAACGGUGAGUCUACGGCUUGGUACUCGUCCCAUUGCCUGAAGGAUGGGCGUGGGCGAGUCAAGUGCCCGGUACUGCGAGCGUACAAGUGCCCCGUGUGUGCUGCCACCGGCGACCGAGCUCACACCAUCAAGUAUUGCCCGGAGAAUAUUUUAUUUGAUGCUGAUUAUUGGAGUUGCGGAGGCAGUGUUUAAUAUCAACCUGAUAUUUUUGUUGUUUAUGAAUAAAGAUUUUUUUGAAUAUCAUACCUGAAUAGUUUUGUUUU